AUGGACAAUCAACAACGUAGCCCUCUUCUAACUUGGGCUUAUUACUGCCAAGGAAAGUCAGUGGAGGAGCUAAAACAAUCCUUAAUCUACACAACAAUGGAGCUUGAACAAACAAGAGCAACAGUACAAGAAGAGUUAAGAAAAAGAGACGAACAGUUACUUAACCUUAAAGACAUUCUCAACAAAGUCAUAAGAGAAAGAGACGAAGCACAUGAAAAAUGCCAAAGACUUUUCUUAGACAAAUUGCUUUUCCAACAACAGCAACAACAACAAAAACAAGAUCCACUGUCUGGAAUUUCAAGCGUCGAAGAUGAACAACAACAACAACAACAACACAAACGAGGAAUUGAGUCUUCUAACAACAAUGGUUUGUCAUCGUCAGAUUGUGAAGAAAGCAUAGUUUCCUCACCAGCAACGGAACAACAACAACCAAUGAUGAUGAUUGAGUUAAUAGCAAAAGAUAAACCUUUGCCGGAAAAAGGCAAACUUUUGCAGGCAGUGAUGAAAGCCGGUCCUUUGCUUCAGACCCUUUUGCUUGCAGGACCAUUACCUCAAUGGAGACACCCUCCACCGCCAUUAGAGUCCUUUGAGAUUCCACCUGUCACCAUUCCAUCCCCAACGCAACAAAUUCUUCACCACCAAGAUUCUUCCUUUCUGAACACUAACUGUGGAAGAUUCAGUAGUAGAAAAAGGGUUUUCGGUGAAGGUUCUGAUUCUCCUUCUGCAGAUAACAAGUACCAGAGGAUUGUACUCCAUUGA